UUGAAUUCCGUAGCACAUGCAUGACAUGUGAAUCGAGUUCGAGAGGAAAUUUCUAGAUUGUGCCUGAUGCAGGAUUAGAAGAAAGGAGAACGGUUCGUAAGAGUUAACCGAUUUCGCUAGUCACCCACGGUGAACACUGCAUCUUUUUUAUCGGACUGUUUGAUUCUUGUGCCUAUUAAAAUCGUGCAAGUAACCCCAUCAUUUUGCUGAGUGAGAAUCAGUAACUGAGUCAGUGGUAUAGACAGAAGUUUAAAGGAAACUGUUUAGGGGAAGACAUCACCAUGGUUAAGGAGAUGGGAUAUUACGACAUGCUGGGCGUGAAGUCCAAUGCCACCGAGACGGAGCUGAAGAAAGCUUACCGGAAGAUGGCCUUGAAGUAUCACCCCGACAAGAACCCAGAAGAUCCAGAAAAGUUCAAGCUGAUCUCUCAAGCCUACGAAGUCUUGAGCGAUGCCAAGAAGCGAAAGGUCUAUGAUGAGGGAGGCGAGCAGGCUCUGAAGGAGGGGGGCGGGGCUGGUGCCCACAACCCCAUGGACAUUUUUGACAUGUUCUUUGGUACGCAUUCGCGGACCCACGAGCGGCGCUGUAAAGACGUGAUUCACCAGUUGGGGGUGACGCUCGAGGAGAUGUACAACGGAUCGCUGAGGAAGUUGGCUCUCAAGAAGAACGUUGUCUGUGACAAGUGUGAAGGUCGUGGAGGCAAGAAGGGUGCAGUGGAGACUUGUGUGACAUGUAAAGGGUCCGGGGUUCAGGUCCACAUUCGUCAGAUAGCGCCCGGCAUGGUGCAACAGAUGCGGACUACCUGCGGAGAGUGUCAGGGACAAGGCGAGAGGAUCAACCUCAAAGAUCGAUGCAAACAGUGCCUGGGCAAGAAAAUUAUGAAGAACAGCAAGAUCCUGGAGGUGCAUAUAGACAAAGGAAUGAAAGACGGACAGAAGAUCACAUUCCACGGGGAGGGCGACCAGGAACCUGGUCUGGAACCAGGCGACAUCAUCAUUGUUCUUGAGGAGAAACCACACAAGACCUUCAAGAGGAAAGGGCAUGAUAUCAUCAUGAACCUGACAAUAGAGUUAGUGGAGUCACUGUGCGGAUUCAGGCGUGUUAUCAAGAUGUUGGACGACCGAGAACUAGUCAUAACAUCCCACGAAGGUGAAAUAAUCAAACACGAUGACAUCAAGGUCGUGCGCAACGAGGGCAUGCCCACCUACCGGUCGCCCUUUGACAAGGGUCGUCUCAUCAUCCACUUCACGGUCAAAUUUCCCGAGUCCGGUCAGAUCUUAGCCGAGUCCAUCCCCAAACUUGAGUCCAUCCUGCCGGACCGGCCUGAGGUUAUGGUAGGAGACGACGUCAUGGAGGUCAACCUAACGGACUACACCCCACAGAGUCACCACGGCCACGGUCACUAUGGCAACGCAUACGACCAAGACGAGGACGAUUACCAUGGGGGGCGAGGCGGGGGUGUGCAGUGUCAAACCCAAUGAGUGCAAAAGACUGGUUCCAUAAUUCCACACCACCCGGAUAUAAAUUAUGUACCAUUUGCAUAGUAAAUUAUAUAUUUAAAAGGAUUGAGCACGUACAUGUACUUGUAUCUUCCGUGAUGUACCAAAUCCCACAAGUAUUAAUCUUUCAAUAUUACUUUGCAGAUAGGGUUGCAUUGUAUAAACUUAAAGGAAAUAUGCACCCCACAAAGAGGUUUUUUCGUGAGAAAUAUCACUUCCAAAAACUUGAGGUCAGCUUGUAGUGAUGUUGUGAAAUGGAACAAAAGUUGUUUUUCUGGUAUUUGUCACCUUUUUUUUUUACGUAAUGGGCAUUUAUAUUUAUUUUGUCAGAAUUCAAGGCCGAGUGAAAACCAGAAUGUGAAGUCACCUGCCUGCAUUUUAAAUUAAUCGUUUAAAGCAAGGUGCAUAGUGGUAAUAAAAAAACAUAAUAAUAGUCCCGUUUCAGUGUUUGGAAAAGCAUUGCGUGUGCAACUUGGAAUCAAAAGGACAAUUGAGACUGAUCAGUAUAACAGCUGGAUUUUUCUUUAUUGUACAUAAAUGCAGAAUUGAACUGAAUGUUGUCCACAGUCACUUGCUUUGGUUUGUGCAAACUUCAUUGCUUUUAAUUUUGUCCAAACAAGGACAGUUUGACAAGCCAAACAGUAUGUGAAUAAAAAAAAGACGUAUUUGUGCAAUAAGAUGGCUAGGCAGGUCUUGUCCUAAUGGUUCAAUGCCACACUAAGCAAGAAUUGCCACGAGUUGUCAAAUUUAUCCUUAAAAAAAUCAUCCAAUGUCAAAUCAAAACUCACCUAUUUGGAGUUCUAUGAAUAAAGGCGGUUAGGGCUGUCCAGUUUUGAAUAAUUUAGUAUUUGAUUGCUUGAAACUGUGUUUGACCCGAAUAUUUGGAUAUGGGAACAAUGAACAGCCGUUGACAAAAGAAAUAACCGUCAACAAAAAUUGGCAUCUGACGAUGAAGUGCUGCAACAUGGCGGUAAAAUAACAUCACAGUCGUGUGUGUAUGUGUGUAGUUUUUUUGUUUUCGCAUAUUCAAACUGACAAAAAGCUAUUUGAAUAUUUUGGUUGAUGAUCAGAUGUUCGGUUUAUUUGGGACAGCCCUAAAAGGCAGUGUGAAUACUUGGCUACGACUAAUAGUAAGAUACGUCCGUUGGAGUCGAAUCAGCCACUUCCAUUGGUACAUGUGUUAUUGCCACUUGUAGCCAAGUUAUGUUAUGUUUCUUAGAUGUUUUUUUUUUUUAGCGAAGGAGGGAAUAUACAAAAUCUUUUAUGAUUUUUGGCAUCAUUCCUUUAGUGAUGCGAAUACGUCCCCUCCACUUUUAAAAACCUCUGUGUGUGUUUUUUAAAUUUGUGGCACUAAGUGUACAUUAAUUAAUUCGUUUGGUGUUUUGUUUUUAUGAACCAGUGGCCAACAGGCAAGUUCUGAAUUAAGUAAUGCACAUGCAAGUCUUGUUGGAUUAUAAAAAAUGUUUAGUAUUUGUCUUGUCAAUCGUUUGGAAACAGUAGCUUAACCUUCCCUCUGUCCGUUUUGUAUUGAAACUAUAAAGAACUCAUUGACCACUAUUCAAACCUCGAGUACAAAAUUUGUACUAAUGACAUUACCAGAAAAAAUCCAAAAUCUUGUUGCAGUUUCGUAGCUUUGGCUGUGAUUAUUGGGUUUAAAAAGAUGCUCCGAGUACAAAACGUCACAACUUUAGUGUGGAAUUUUCCCAUUAAACAGCAGAAUGCACUACAGUUUUGACUACAUGUAUAUGAAAAUAAAACGAGUAACAGAAUUUUGUGGGAUUGUGA